AUGGAUCGUCAGAAAGUUACCGUUCGAAGCGUGCAUCAUGACCGCCCUACACUACAAAGAAUCACCACUGCUGAGCUCCCCACCGUACCUGCACCUGCUCAUGUUCGAAUCGAUGAUUGCCCUUCUCUCACUUCCAGUAUAUCUGACGCCCCGACCGUAAUACGUUGGAUCACACCCACCUCGCGCAGAGUCUCGCCGCAAGCAAGCUUCGAAACCAUCAAGCCGGAAGUCGAACCAUCAAUUGCUACCAAUGAAGCUACAUAUCCAUCAAACAAUCCACUGGCUGUGCGAUUUGACGAGGACCAGAUCAGAAAUACUGAACUUGUAGCGUCGAAGCGGGAGGAAAGAAUGGAAAAUGUUGAUCAGGAGUUGAGCCCUCCGACGCCUAUGGAUGACACACCAUAUAUACGAUUCGCGAUUGACCAAUUGACUCGGGACGAAGAGGUUAAGAGCUCGCAACGGCCAAGCACCUCAACAAGCUCCGAAUCUUAUCCCGUCGACCGAAUCGUACCUGAUUAUGGCCUUGGGUAUAUGACGAGUCAAAAGCAAAGGGAAGAGCUUGCGUUGACAAGAAAACAUCGUUCUACACCCCCGGGCACCCCCGAAGGACGGUUGUUCAACUUCAACGCCACUCGACCUCUAUCGAAGCAUUCCAAACUUUCACCCCUCCCUCCCCAAGAGACUGUCUCAGUCAGCCCGGACAUCUUCAUUCCAGUUGAUCCUCCUCUUCAUACCCCACGAUAUCCUAACCUCACGUUUGUACCUACGAUUUUACGACCCACCUCAAUGAUUACGCUAGCGAUAUUAUGCCUCUUGAUGAUUACUGCGCUGAUGUUUUCCGCGAUUUAUUCGACCUACCACCACGGCCUCUUUGGAUGGGCCGGUGGUAUACAUGGUGGUCGAUAUGUCCUUUUUGGAUUCUUACCACAAAUUGUUUCGGCAUGUAUAUUUGUAUAUGUGCAAGGAGUAAUGUCUGCUACGACCAGAAUUUUGCCUUAUACUCUCAUGGCAAUAGAUGAUGCAUAUAUGAGAACUAAUGCUUUGUUUUUGGGAAUAUACCCCGGGAGCAUGCUCUGGCCAAGAUGGAAUGGGCCGCUGAGCAUUAACAUUUCGAAUUCGUUGUUUUGGCUGACGAUUUUUACGAUACCACUUCAGAGUUGCUUGUUUUCAGUUGUACUGGUGGAUGGUAUCUGGAGAUGGACAAUUGUCCAAGGUGUUGCUUGGACACUUGUUGCAGUGUAUAUUUUGGUUUUGGUGGCUAUAGUCAUCUCGGGACUAUUUUUCUUUCGGCGUACGACCGGGUUGAUGUGGGAUCCCCGAACGUUGGCGGACACCACCGCGCUGCUACCACGUAGCAACUGCUUGGGAGACUAUGCCGGAACCGAUGUGUUGAGGGACCAGGAAGACCUUCGGGAAAGGUUGGCUGUGAGAAGCGAUCGGCUAGGAUACUGGAUGACGCAGCACCGUGGCCGAGGACUCUUCUACUGCAUAGGAGAGGAGGGAACAUCUACCAGGCGAUACACUCUCCAGUCUGGAAGAAUCCAUGAGAAGAAUGGACGUGAUGAAAUCGAGCAGAACUCCGAUGUCGAAAAGUCCGCCGAUUUAUACAACACCGAGACACGAUUUCAAUACCUGCCGUGGAUGCUUCGGGACACCUUUGUCGUGCUCUGGGCGGUUGCGGCUUUCAUCACCUUGAUUGCGUUGAUAGUCGUAUCGUCCCUACCCUCGACAGGUAUCUGGAAUGGAUUUCCGCCUUUGGUACCCGUGGUGCCGAAUGCAUCUGGAUUUUCCCCAGCGAAUUUCCUACACAGCUUUGUACCAUCGAUUCUCGGCAUGCUUCUGUACAUAUUCCUUCAGCCUCUUGAUAUGGCGAUCCGGAAACUGCAACCUUGGGUCGAGCUUGGAAAUACGGAAGGAUCUACAGCGGAUAGAUCACUUCUGCUUGAUUAUACCGCAGCACUUCCGAUUCAGUGUUCAAUCAGCGCACUGCGCCAUGGCCACUAUCGUGUUGCUAGCGUGUCCCUGAUAUCGUUUUUGUCCCUCCUCCUACCUGUCUUGGGCGGUGGGCUCUUCUUUCCACUGACGACCGAGAACGAAGUUCGGAUGCUCCCCAAUCUGCCCGCCUUCUACAUCUGCCUUGCAGUUUUGAUCUUUUAUGUUCUGGCACUGUUCAUAUUACUUCCAAAGAGAGCGCUUAUGAGUCUCCCACAUGGCGUGGACUGCCUUGCAGAGAUAAUCAGCUUUGUGCAUGGCAGCCGAAUGUUAGAAGAUGCGGCUUUUCGCGCACCAAGAUCGAAGGCUGAUUUAGCAUCAAGACUUAUGGCUACCCAAGAUGGUGGCCGCCAUACCAGAUAUGGUUUUGGUUUGUAUAAAGGACGACACGGAAAGCUGUGUAUGGGGAUUGACAAAUUGGGUCGACCGGGCGCAGCAGGUGUUUUGCUGCUCAACGACCAGUGA